AGAUGAUUUUGUAUUAUUUAUUUUCCCGUAAAUUAAAAGACGUCAGACACAAAUGGUAAAGGUUCGUUGUUCCCGGUGAGCGCUUCCUGAGGAUCGCACCACACUCUCCACAAAGCCCACGAAAUUUCUCCCAACAAAUUCGGGAACAAUAAAAGACACAAAAAAAAAUUUCCCAGUUUCCUAGAUGUUUUGAUCUCUCACCUGCGUAGGAAAACAAUCCAAACCUCAGUCUUUUGUUGUGUUCUUGAUGAUGAGCCAGUGAGAGACAGGGAGAGAGAGAGAGAGAGAUGAGGAAGCUGUCUCGCAACGUUGAAUGUGUGAAGAACACCCUUCACAACCGCAAGGACAAGAAGAAUGGGGAGAGCUUUUGUGAGCUGUCUCUGCCCUUGUUCUUUUCCUUCUGGUGUCUUCUUUUCUUGCUUUAUUCUGCUUUCGGCUUAACUCGGGGCAAUCACCAUGGUGACUUGCAGGCCUAUAAUGAGAGUGGAUGCAAUUCUGUUGUUUCUGAAACAAAUUUUUCCAAUUUCCUUUUCCCAUUAGAGAAAGGGGGGCGGAAGAAUUGUAAAAACGAAUUGCAUUUAGACAUGAAUGUGACCGUGAUUCUUAAAGAAUCUGCUCCGGGUAAUUCGAGUGGUGAGUACUCACUUCAGGGAAUGAGUGGAGUGGAAGAUGUUAUCUCGAGUGUUUUGGGUUACACCGCGCUAAUGUGCCAAAUCCAACCACUCGGACCGCUCGAUAGGAACAAAACGGAGAAGCCUCUGAACAGUAGGAGUCAGUUAACGUAUCCUAAUCUCGAUGAGUUGAGAAACAUUACGAAGCAAGCAAAGGGGUGGGAUGCCCCGAGCCCUCUUGGCAACAUCACCCAUCGGCUCGAGCCCGAUGGAACGCCGUACAAUUAUGCCUCGGCCGCCAAGGGUGCUAAAGUGGUGGCGCAUAAUAAGGAAGCAAAGGGAGCGAACAAUAUCUUGGGGAAGGACCACGAUAAAUAUCUCCGGAACCCUUGUUCCGUAAGUUGGAAAUAUGUUGUCAUCGAGCUCGCUCACGAAACUUUGAUCGAUGUCAUAAAAAUAGCCAACUUUGAGCACUAUUCCUCCAAUUUCAAAGAAUUCGAGUUGUUGGGUAGUUUAGUGUACCCGAGUGAGGCAUGGGAACCGUUAGGGACGUUUGUCGCCGAAAAUGUUAAGCAUUUGCAAUGCUUUAAGCUGCCUCAACCGAAAUGGGUUAGAUACUUGAGGUUGAAUUUACUUAGCCAUUACGGUUCGGAAUUUUAUUGCACGUUGAGCGUCGUGGAGGUGUACGGUGUAGAUGCAAUCGAACAAAUGCUAGAGGAUCUUAUUGUCACUUCCGGAGAACCUUCCACGAAUAAAUUGCAAGAUCCGAAUUCAACUGCGUUACCUUCUAUAAUACCAGAAGCGGGUUCCACCAACCGAAAACGGGAAGACGAUGCUCGUUCCGUGAUUGAAUCCGUCAAUGAGGGAGCCGAGAAUGCUGAUGAAGGGAAAAAGGUUAAAGUUGACGGGUUAAAGAAGACAUCGACUGCAAACACCAUUCCCGAUCCCGUGAAAGUUAGGCAAUCGCCAAAUAGCAGAAUUCACGGGGAUGCUGUCCUUAAGAUAUUGCUGCAGAAGGUGAGAUCACUCGAGCUCAACUUAUCUGUGCUGGAGGAGUAUAUAAAAGAACUGAACCGAAGGCAAGGAGAAUUUCUGCCCGAGCUAGACAAAGAGAUGUCUCAGCUUUCAGUGCUACUUGAGAAGAACAAAUUGGAGAUCAAGACUCUCUUGGAAUGGAAAGAGAUCAUGGAAAAAGGAGUUACCGACUUUGAGACAUGGAAAGCCUCCGUUUCGACUCAACUGGAAUUAUUGAUCAAGGAAAACGGCAUGCUGAGAUCGGAUAUAGAAAAAGUCGUGAGCGAUCAAGCGAGCUUGGAAAAGAAAGAGCUCGCCGUGCUUGCAGUGAGCUUCUCUUUUGCCUGCAUUGCUCUUUUUAAGUUAGUUUCGGAGAUGGUGUUGACGUUGUUCGGGUCCCCAAUGUCGGACAACGUUUUAAGGACGAGCCGAGGUUGGAUUUUGAUACUUGUUAGCAGCAGUAUGACUAUAUUCAUAACACUGCUUUAGAGGUAGAUUGAGACCAUAGAUUUAGGAAACACUUGACCUUGUAAACAGCUGAACCUUAGCAUUAGAUUUAGGAUUCAUUAUUAUAAUGUACUUCAUUCAUGCUUUUGAGGUCAGAAAGCUUUUGAGUUUUU